AUGCGUCGCUCGCUUGUCUUUCUAUGCUAUGUGCUCAGCUUAGCUGACAUAGCUACCUCACAACAAUCUACUGCCAAUGCUGAAGCUGCUUUCAGGCAAUUGCAAACUUGGUACAACACCGCUUCUGGUCUCUGGACCACAACGGGAUGGUGGAAUGCUGCGAAUUGUCUAACCGUCCUGGGGGAUCUGGCCGCAGUCGAUCCGAAUGUCAGGUCAAACAUCACUGGUGUUAUGUCGAAUACUUUUACCCGGGCUCAAACGAAUAACGUAAAAAUGACCAAAGCGGUAUUGCCAGACUUCAGUUAUGUUUGUUUGUAUGGCGAUUCUACCAACGCCACGGACGAUGUGCUAGUGAACUAUAUUCCCGUACGUGCAAGAGCUAGUCUGAGCCCCAGACAAUUCAAAGGAUUUUUGAAUGAUUAUUACGAUGAUGAAGGUUGGUGGGCUCUAGCCUGGAUCCAAGCAUACGAUAUCACUGGAAAUAGGGACUAUCUAUCAAUGGCCGAGUCUAUUUUCGCCGACAUGAAAAAGGGCAGUAACACACCUUGCUCAAAUGGUGUCUCGGGUAUUUGGUGGGACAAGCCAAACACAUAUGUCAACGCCAUUGCAAACGAACUUUAUUUGAGCGUAGCUGCUCAUCUUGCAAAUCGUGCAUCAAAUAGAGCAAGUUAUUUGACCAUCGCAAAAGAUCAAUGGGGCUGGUUCCAAGGGACGGGAAUGAUCAAUACGCAAGGAACAAUUAAUGAUGGGUUGACGAGUGACUGUCGAAACAAUGGAGGAACUGUUUGGAGUUAUAAUCAAGGGGUUAUACUAGGAGGACUCGUCGAACUUUCUAGGGCGACAGAUGACCCAAGCUACAUUAACAAGGCGAAAAGCAUUGCCUCAGCAGCGAUCAAAGCAUUAUCAGACUCAAAUGGAAUUCUUCACGACCCAUGCGAACCUAAUUGCGGAGCAGAUGGCGCACAAUUCAAAGGAGUAUUCGUGAGGAACCUCCAGAGGCUCCACCAAGCAUCACCCGACUCAAGUUACUUUACAUUUAUCGCAAAUAAUGCAAAGAGUAUUUGGGCAAACGAUAGAGAUCCGUCUACUAAUUCACUUGGUGUUAAUUGGGCAGGGCCAUUCAUCUCACCGGCAGACGCAAGUACACAGAGCUCAGCAUUGGAUGCUCUUGUAGCGGCGGUUACAGUUGGAGCUAGACGAGUCAUUAGGGGAUCGAGAUGGGUAGCGUGA